UCAAAAUGGCGGACAGCGGCGAGCAGGCCGCUUCGAUUCAAAGAGACUUCAGUAAAGUCGUUUUAACCCUAGAUAAUGUUCUUGUACCCCCUGAUAAACUGUAUCCCACACCUUCAAUGAUCGAUGGACUCGAUGCUGAAAUCGAAAUUGACCUUCGUAUCCUAGGAUGCGAGCUAAUCCAGACGGCAGGCAUCCUUCUAAAACUCCCGCAGGUUGCUAUGGCUACUGGACAGGUGCUCUUUCAACGGUUUUAUUAUUCAAAAUCGUUUGUCAAACAUGAUAUGGAGGUGGUUGCAAUGGGUUGUAUCAAUCUUGCGUCCAAGAUAGAGGAGGCGCCCCGGAGAAUGAGAGAUGUCAUCAACGUGUUCCACCAUGUCAAACAGGUGAAAAACAGAAGAACCAUCCAGCCAUUAAUCCUCGACCAAAAUUACAUCAGCUUGAAGAACAAAGUAAUCAAGGCUGAGCGUCGUAUCUUGAAGGAGUUGGGGUUUUGCGUACACGUCAAACAUCCACACAAGAUCAUUGUGAUGUUUCUCCAAGUCUUGGAGAGUGAGCAGAAUGAGAGGCUCGUCCAGACCGCAUGGAACUACAUGAACGAUAGCUUCCGAACAGAUGUCUUCGUGAAGUUUCAGCCCGAGACGAUAGCUUGCGCCUGUAUCCAUCUGGCUGCCCGCAUGCUGCAGAUCCCUCUACCGAACAAUCCAGGGUGGUAUGCCAUCUUCAGGGUCGAUGUGGAAGAGAUUAAUGAGAUAUGCUUCUCUAUUCUCAGGCUCUUUGCUAGGCCAAAGCCGAAUUUCGACAAGUUAGAAUAUGUCGUCAACGAAGCCCGGAAAAUCCAAAUAGAAGCGAAAAUGAAGGCCAAGGGUUUAUCUUCGGACCAAGGGACGCCCAACUCAGGAUCCCGACCGGUCACGCCGAAACCGUCCUCGCCCAUGAUGAACCAGACACUCAAGAAGAUCAAACUUGAGGAGGAUCACCAAAGGGGCUUCUCGAGUCGCAGCCGCAGUCGCAGUGAUAGUCCUCGCGAUCGUCGCUACAGUGGAAGUCGCAGCCCAACGCCCAAGCGAAAGCAUCGAAGUCCGGGACGGAAGUAUUCAGGAAAAUAUAAGAAAGAGUCGCAUUCUCGGGAACGCUACGCAAAAGAUAAACACAAACGUAGACGGAGUCGAUCUUUUUCUCGGAGUCGAUCAAGGUCAUAUUCGCGCUCGCCAGAUCAUAAGAGCCGCAAGAAAUAUUACAAAUUGAAAUCGAAAUAUAGGUCAAGGUCGCGAUCGCGGUCGUUCGAACGUAAUCACAAGUCAAAGAAGCAUAGUCGAAAUGGACAUCCACGUAGUCACUCUCGAGAUAGAUAUCGUAGAUAAUGGCCUCAUUUUAUAGGAUAAUUUUGUAUUUCGUUCAUCCAAUGCAGGUAAAAAGUAACUGCCCCGAGCAGGUUACUUCAAAUGUACAGACUGCUAAUGUAGUAUAGACUGUAGUAUCUUCAGGCGAGACUUUUUUUAUUAGUUGGUGCUCGGAUUUUUGGAGGAAUAUAUUUUUGAGGAGGACGAAAAACAAAAACAAAAAAAAAUGUUUUUUUCCAAAGAUUUCAUGGUCUCGAAAAAUUGAUAGGAUUUCUCAAAGUCGGAGGGAAGGAUAAAAAUAAAAUUUUUUCCUAAAAAAAGUAGUGCAUUUUCACACAUUGAACAGUCAGCAGCCAGACUCAUAACAAUAGACUGGUUCUCGUCAUAAUAUCUACUGUGGAUGCAUUAGGGAAGGACAAGAACCAGUCUAGGUCUGGCAGAGCUGGUCUGGCAUUCGCACUUUCGAUUCGAAUGAUCAAUCCGACGAAGCUAAUUUUAAUUCAAUCAUGUUGAAUUUUGAUUUUGAAAAAAAUAUUUUUGAUCUUUUAAGUUGUCGGGCGUCGGAGCUCAAAAUAAAAUUAAUUUUUUUUUUUUUUGUAAAAUCGGUAAUGUUCGAAUCGGCGGAUCCGAGACUGGCUAGAUAUAAAAAUUUUAUUUUUUUUCUUAAUUCGGACAUCGGGAGGUCGGCGGAUCCGAGCACCAACAAAUAAAAAAAGUCUCGCCUGACAGCGUGUAAAAGUGUCCAAUUCAUUUGCGGUUGGUGAGUUGGAUUCUGUGCGGAGCUGUUCAAGAGAAAUGUGUACAAAUGUAUGCAAUAUUGGGGAUGAACUUUACUCUGAAGAAUUUUGCUAAAAAUGUUAACCCCUUAUCAGUUUAGUCUGCUCAAGACUGCUAGUUGUCAUACUAAGGGAAAGGGGCUCAAGAAUUCUGACUUCGUACAUUCUUUCUAGACAGCCUCACUGCACGUCCCCAGAUAUGAGGCCAUAUAUUUAGUAUGUACGCACUGAAGGGGGAGGGGGGUCUAGGAAUUUGUGGGAAUAUGCGUAGACCUGUACAUUUUGUCCAAAAUGUGCGUACAGGUGGAGGGGGGUUCUCAAAAUCCUCUGUUUGAUGCGUACAAAUUUUAUCGAUGGCCCCUAUCUGUUGCAAUAUUACGAUCUGCCGCAAUCAUUAAGGUGUAACUUGUUGUAAACAAGGCUAGAAAGGGCUUUGAAAUCACCUUUCAACUGACAAAAAGCUCGCGAAAAAUUAUGUUCAAAACAUGAAAAAGACAUUUCAGCUGGGAACCAACUAUAUUUGGUUCUUGGGGAACCAGCCGUAUAUUUUGAUUCUUGAGGGUAGGUUCUCCAGACCGAGAUUUUGGCAACUCUUUGAAACGUAGAUCAGAUUAGCAUUGGUCAUUCGAUUUGACCAUACAGGUGGUUGUAUGUUUUCUCAUGUAUCGGUAAUCAGAUACAUGUUGUUAAGAGGUAGAAUAGGGUAAUUGUAGCCCCAGUUUAAUUUUAGCCCCUGCCUAUGUAUGAUAUUGAUUGGUAUCCCCCUGCAUCAAACAAUACAAGGGCUACAAAUAAACCGGGGCUACAAUUACCCCAUCUACCUUGCAUGUACUGAGAAUUAGAUCAUUUGUGUUGGGUCCCACAACAUGAUUUCACAUUUCGGUGCCUUAAUUGUAAUAAUUGGGUAAUUGUUUUUUCAGAAGCAUUUCACUGCGUGUCAUGUCAGUUAACAUGUCCAUGAUACUGAUUCUGUAAACCUCCAAAUCUUUGUUCUUUACUUUUGUAAUUUCCAGAUUCUUUUUGGAGUUUCCAAUCAAAUUUUUCUUGCAAUUGCUAUUAUUUUGUAAAUCGUAAUCAUUUACAAAAUCUGUUGAAAUAUUACGAUCUUGAAAAUUUGGCGGUUAACAGUUGGAGGCCAGUUGUGUGACAAAUAAAAUGCAGGAAAACAAUACUGUCUUGUAUCUGAUAUAAAUAUUUGUAUCAUUUAUUUGCUAUUAUUCCUUUGUACCUCGAACAGUUUCGAGUUGUACUGUCAAUAGUCGUACUUCCACCUAUCAAAUCCCCGUGUCUUUUGCGCUUACACCUAUGAAUUGCCGUGUCUAAAUAGACCCGUGUGUCAAAUCCCCGUGUCUAUUAGCCGCAUCGAACUCGAUGGGGCUAAUCGGGGGCUAAUUUAGACCCGUGUUCAACACGGGUUUUUCGAUAGGUGGAAUCUGAAUAGACACGCCAAUUGCAAGUUCUAAGAUCCGGCGACAGAUGGCGUGGUGUAGUUGCUUCGGUAUUGCGCAUGCGAAAUUCCCUUCCAACGGGAAAGAAACACAGGAGAGCUCCCUACCUACAGCGUACCUGUCGCCGGGGCUAUUAACCAUUAUCUAACACCACUGAUAGGUGUAAGUGCGCCCUGGGUUUUUUGACACACGGCGAAGACACGGGUCUUGAAAAAACACGGGGUUUUAUGAUAGGUGGAACUACAACUAAUAUAAGUAUUUACAGUGCUGUGACUUGAGCCUUCCCAAUUUGGCCUUUGGGAAAUUGUUGGGAUAAAAUCCUUAGAAAAGGUGUGUAGCUUGGGGUUUAUCUACCAAACUUGUUGGUUUGUUUCACCAAGUAUUACAUGUAAUAUGUAAAGAGCAAGCUCUAGUGAACUCGCACAACUGUAUGUCCUAGCAGACGAUUUUUAAAUACAUGAUGUCCCACACCUGCACUUCAGUGGCGCCGGUGUGAAUAAAUCUACUUGCGUGAAUGGUCACUGGCUCAUGACGUCAUGAAAGAAUUGCGUCACGAGGAAGGAAACAAUGGGAAUCACGUCCGACGUCGUAACUGUGGGUGCGGUGCGUCGUGAAUACAGGAUCGGCCAACGCACGGCCGAUAUGGAAUGCGGCAAAACUGUACCGGAACCAGAAUUGUCAUGGGGUCUGCACAAAUUUUUUCAGAUUCGAUCGACAUGAUGGAUAUAUGAAUCGACAUGAUGGAUAUAUGAAUUUUGUUUACACUUUACAUACAGUGUAUACGUAACUCACUACGUUGUGUGAGUUAUUAAGUCUUGUCUUGAGAAAACCCUUGGUGGUCCAAAUCAGCGCCUCUCGUGUCAAAUUUGGACCAAGGAAUGCAUGCAACCAUUUCAUUUUGUGAUUUUUGAAGGAAGACGACUUUGAAAUAUUUAUGGAUCAUUCUAAAACAUCUAGAUUAAUAAUGAACCACAAUUUACCGUGUAAAUUCCCACGGCGCCUCGUUUCGAAUUCAGCGGUAAUGGUUUACCGCUGGGGUUGGUGCAAAAUAUGGAAGCCGUCAAAGAGCUUUUAUAUCAAAACCACAUCAUUCGGUGUUUAAUUUGAGAUGUUUUAGAAUAGAAAUUGAUUCCUCACUGUCGGUAUUGAUUGUCUCACCAAAACCGCUCGGGUGGAGCUAAAAUGUUGGCCAAAACCUCGGCUUCUACUCGGUUCUGGUCAACAUUUUAGCUCCACCCUCGCAGUUUUGGUGAGACGACCAAUACCUGACAACCUCCAGUUGGGUGUCAAUUCCUUAAACCAUGAGGUUUUGGCAAGAAACAAAAUCUUUCUCCACCGCUAAAGGAAAAUAAGCUGCUUUUCUAACUGAUACGGAGUGACAAAAAUUUCCCCGUUAAUAGUAUUUAUGAAGUUGAGAUUCUGUCAAUCAUCAUCGGAACCAGGGUUGUUGCUUGAACUGUCUGACGUAUCUGUCGUGUAUUUCUUGUUGAACUGUAUGGGGAUAUAGAGAUGAUUCACUACUGCUUGUCGUCUUGUCAAUUGCGCUGGUGGACGCAUCUCUUCAUCUGAAACAAAGACGGAAAUAAUUUGUACCAAGUACAGUCCCAAUCAUAAAUAACAUCCAUCCUGCUUCGUGUCUGUGACGCGCGAGUUACGUGCCGAGUUGCGCAUCAAUGACGCAAUUACAUGUACAGUAGAACCUCUCUAUUAAGGACACCCAUGGGAUGGACAAGUGCUGUUUUUAAUAGAGAGGUCAAUUUGAAUGGAAACAACUGAUUUGGGACCAAAACAAGUGUCCUUAGUAGAGAGGACACCGAUGAGACUGACAAGUGCUGUCCUUAAUAGAGAGGUCAAUUUGAAUGGAAACAACCAAUUUGGGACCAAAACAAGUGUCCUUAGUAGAGAGGUUGUCCUUAAUAGAGAGGUGUCCGCUAAGGGAGGUUUCACUAUUUCUCUAUGUUUCGUGUAAAUUAGGUACGACCUAUGCUGGGUAGCGCAUCGAUGACACGAUUUUAGGGAUGACAAUUGUGAUUUGGACUGUACUCCUGUGAUUACUCAGUUAUUCAUAACUUGUCCACUUGAUCAUGUUCAUGUGAUUUUGUGUUGUAUAAAAUAAGACGUUCUCCUUUGAGAAAUUUGUACAUGUCAUUUUUUCGAAAAACAAAACUCAAAACAAAUGUUUUAUUAUCGCAUAAAGAAAAAAAUACAACAUUAAUUAUGAAGAAUUCAA